AUGUCUUGUCUAGGUGGGGCCAGGAAGUGUUACAAGUCCUGGAACAGUGCCAGGAUAGAAGAUGGAGCAGGUGUGUGGAUUCCUGACCCAGAUGCAGUUUGGGUAUCAGCCCAGCUCCUCCGGGACUACAGUCCUAGAGAGAAACAUCUACUGCUACAGCUCUCUAAUGGAAAGGAGGUUCAGUAUCCAGUGGCGUCCCCCUCUGAUCUCCCACCACUCGGGAACCCUGACAUCCUGGAGGGGGAAAAUGAUCUAACAGCUCUCAGUUUCCUCCAUGAACCUGCUGUCUUGCACAACCUCCGGGUUCGAUUCCUGGACUACAGCAGCAUCUACACAUACUGUGGUAUCGUGUUAGUAGCCAUCAAUCCCUAUGACCAGCUCCCCAUAUAUGGAGAGGAGGUGAUCGAUGCUUACAGCGGUCAGGACAUGGCCGACAUGGAGCCUCACAUCUUUUCUGUGGCUGAGGAAGCUUACCGCACCAUGACCAGGGAGGAGAAAAACCAGUCUAUCAUCAUCAGUGGAGAGUCUGGCUCAGGGAAAACGGUCUCAGCCAAAUUCACCAUGCGAUACUUUGCUGUGGUUGGAGGAGCAGCACAGCAGACCAGCGUGGAGGAGAGGGUUCUGGCCUCCAACCCAAUUAUGGAGUCGAUUGGGAAUGCUAAAACCACUCGAAAUGACAACAGCAGUCGUUUUGGAAAGUACAUCGAGAUCGGCUUUGGCAGGAAAGGUGACAUCAUUGCUGCAAACAUGAGGACGUACCUCCUGGAGAAGUCAAGGGUCGUCUUCCAAGCAUCAGCAGAGAGAAACUAUCAUAUCUUCUACCAGCUGUGUGCCUCCAGAGAGUUACCUGAAAUUAGAUCCUUUAAACUGGAUGCACCUGAGCGUUUCCGUUACACCAGCCAGGGUGGAGAGAUGCAGAUUCCUGGUACUGAUGAUUUAGCAGAUCUGGAGCGCACUCGCAAUGCUUUCACCAUUCUGGGGGUGCAGCCUGACCAACAGAUGGAGCUCUUCAGGAUCCUGGCAGCUGUUCUGCACCUGGGAAAUGUGAACAUCCAAGCCAGUGGGAGAAGUUCUGACAGAAGUUACAUUGAUGCAGACGACAGGUCUCUGGCUGUCUUCUCCAAGCUGUUAGGUGUGGAAGGACCUCAGAUGGCCCACUGGCUGUGUCAACGCAGACUGACUGUAGGGGGAGAGAUGCUGGUUAAACCCAUGUCUGGUCAGCAGGCUCUAGAAGCCAGAGAUGCAUUGGCUAAACAUAUCUAUGGCCAGCUGUUUACAUGGACUGUCCAGAGGCUCAACUCAGCUCUGCGCACUCAGAGAGGACAGGCCAGAUCCUUUAUAGGGGUCCUAGACAUCUAUGGAUUCGAGACCUUUGACCGGAACAGUUUUGAGCAGUUCUGUAUAAAUUAUGCAAAUGAAAAGCUGCAACAGCAAUUCAACAGGCACGUGUUCCACUUGGAGCAGGAGGAGUACAUCCGUGAAGAGCUGGCCUGGAGCAGGAUUGAGUUCAGUGACAAUCAGCAGUGCAUCAAUCUCAUAGAGGGACAACUGGGCCUUUUUGAUCUUUUAGAUGAGGAGUGCAGGAUGCCCAAAGGUUCAGAUGAGAGCUGGGUGCGCAAGCUGUAUGACCAACACCUGACCAGCAAGCCUCACUCUCACUUCCAGAAACCUCGCAUGUCCAACAGCGCCUUCAUCGUCCUGCACUUUGCAGACAUAGUGCAAUAUGAAUGUGAUGGAUUUCUAGACAAGAAUCGAGAUACAGUCUUUGAGGAGCUCAUCAACAUUCUCAAAGCCAGUCAGUCUGAGCUGGUGGCUGAGUUGUUCCAACAGCAGGGAAAUGUUCCCUCUGUGGCUAAUGGAAGUGUUCGCUCAGGCAAAAGAGCCACCAGAGAGCACAAACUGACAGUGGGCUUCCAGUUCCGUCAGUCCUUACAGAUGCUCAUGGACACUCUCAACAGCACCACUCCUCACUACGUCCGCUGCAUUAAACCCAACGACCUCAAAGAACCUUUUUUGUUUGACCCCAGGAGGACAGUCCAGCAGUUAAGAGCCUGUGGGGUGCUGGAGACAAUUCGUAUCAGUGCUGCAGGUUAUCCAUCCAGAUGGACAUAUGAGGAGUUCUUCAGCAGGUACCGCCUUUUGCUUCGAGGUCCUCAGAGCCAGGAACAGGCCCAGUCCUCAUGUAGACAGACCCUGCCUGAGCUCAUCCCAGACCCUGACCAGUACUGCUUUGGAAAGACCAAAGUAUUUUUCCGGGCAGGACAGGUGGCUUUUCUGGAGAGGCUGAGAGCGGAGAAGCUGCGUGUUGCUGCUGUGAUCAUCCAGAGCCGGGUCAGAGGAUGGCUGGCACGGAUUGCAUACACCAGGACCUGCUGGGCAACUGUCACCAUCCAGAGAUACUGGAGAGGAGCUCUGGCCAGACGACGGGCUCUGAUCCUGCGCUACACCAAGGCUGCCUUAAUCAUCCAGAAGACCUAUCGCAUGCUGGCGAUCAGACAGCUGUUCCUCAUGAUCCGACAGGCCACUAUCACCAUCCAGGCCUUCACCAGGGGCACACUGGAGCGCCGCAGAUACAGACAGUUGGUGGCAGAGCGGGCUGCCGUCUGGCUUCAGGCAAGGGUGCGUGGGUGGUUGGCAAGGCAGGCAUAUAGGCGAGUACGUGCAGCGGUGGUGUUCAUGCAGUGCUGUGUGCGGCGCAGGGCUGCCAGGAGAGAGCUGCUGAAACUAAAGACAGAGGCACGCUCAGUGGAGAGGUACAGAGAGCUCAACAAGGGCAUGGAAGUCAAACUGAUGCAGCUGCAGCUGAGAGCAGACCAGGAGGCCAGGGAGGGUGCAGCUCUGAAAGAGACCCUGCUUGCAGAGCGAGAGGCCACCAGCACCGAGCUGGAGGCUUUGAGGGCGAUGAUACAGAAACUAGAGAGUCAGAAACAGGAGAAGCCUCAGAUCAGCCCUGUCAUAAGCGAGAAGGAGAUGGAGGAAAGAAGGAGAGCUCAGGAGAAGGCUGCUCAGGAGAUCCUUCAACUCACACAAGAGUUGCAAACCCUGCAGAAAGAAAAUGAGAGUUUCUGCAAAGAGAAAGAGGAUCUCUCUGCUCGCUUGCUUGAACAAGAAAAAGCACAAGAAGAGUCAGUGCAACAGGCUGUGUCUCAGGCGAGUGCAGCUCUGAGGGCAGAGCUGGAUGAGGAGAGAAGAAAGUAUCAGGGUCUCCUGAGAGAGUUCACCAGACUGGAGCAGAGAUACGACAACCUCAGGGAGAUGAGUCUGCUCAAUGAGGUCAGGACAGGCCCUCAACAGCGCACUACCAAAGGCCACAGAAGGACGGACUCCACCCAGAGUCUGAGCUUUGAGCCUCUCUCCCCCACUUCAAUGCCACCCUUCCCACCUGCCUUCCCUUCUCCAGAGGAGGUCCGCAGGAUCAGUGUGACGUCACCCACCUGCGAGAGGAGAAUCUCAGUGUGGACCUCUGAAACACCGAUGGACCAGUUGAUGGAAAAGAUGGACGUAGCCAGAGACCCGGCAGUGAAGAUGAAAGGAGAGGACCUGGCUCAUGCUUACGAUGCCGUACGAGUGGCCAACAAAUUUCUAGAGAGCCAGCUGCGUGGUCAGCACAGCCAGCGGGAGGAGGAGCUGGAGGCUCUGAGGUUGCAGCUUAGUCAGGCGAUCUCUGGAUCUUCCUCUGCUGUACAGCAACAGGAACUGCAGGAACUACUGCAGGCCAGAGAGCAAGAGUGUGUCAGAUUGAGGAGAGAGCUGAAGGAGCUUAAAAACACCGUCUCACUCAGACGACUCCUGACACAAGUUCUUCCAUCAGAGGUGACCUCCUGUCCAUCCCCACCAAAGCCAGCGACAGUCACUGGUUUACUAGAGUGUAGGAAGAGAGAUGAAACCAGACUUAUCAAGAACCUCAUCACAGACAUCCGUGUUGACAGCGCCCUGUCUCUGCCUCCUGGUCUGCCUGCCAGCGUGGUCUUCCUGUGUGUCCGUCAAGCCGACUGCAGCGGAGACCAAACUCACGCGCGCUCACUCUGUAGCGCUGCUGUCACGGCUAUGAAGGCAGCUCUGAAGAAACAUAGUACUGAUGUAGAUAUGACGGCUAUGUGGCUGAAAAAUGCCUGUCUGUUGCAUGACCUGUUGACCCAGCACUCCCCAAAACAGACCCUUAACUCAGACGAACUGGUUCCACUGACCACUGAUGUGAGCGACUUGAUCCGCACCCUGAGUGACCUCUGUAUCCAGGCCUAUCAGCAGCUCCUCUCCAUCACUGAAAAACGUCUACAAAACAUCAUAGUCCCUGCUCUGUUAGAGAGCGAGACCAUCCCAGGUCUGUCUGCCGCUGCGGUAAAGUUGGUAACGUCCAGAAAGCGAGCAGGAUCAGACCCCAGGGCCUUAGGAGGCGAUGCUCCCACCAUGGCGUCGGUGCUGAGGGAGCUGGGAGCCCUUCACACAGCUUUGUCCCGUCAGGCUCUGCCUCCAGCACAGAUGGAGCAGGCCUUCCAUCAGCUCACCUACCUUAUGUGUGCCUCUGCUUUCAACAGCCUGCUGCUGAGGAAGGACAUGUGCUGCUGGAGUCGUGGCAUGCAGAUACGGUAUAAUGUGAGUCUGCUGGAGGAGUGGCUGCGGAGCCGAGGUUUGCAGGCAGGUGGCGCUGUGGCCACACUAGAGCCCCUGAUCCAGGCAGUUCAGCUGCUGCAGGCUGGGAAAAAGACUGAGGCAGAUGCACAGGCCCUUGUUCAGACCUGCACUGCCCUGUCGAGCCAGCAGAUUGUGAAGAUCCUGACCCUCUACACUCCCCACAGUGACCUUGAUGAAAGAGUCACACUGAAUUUCAUCCGUAGUGUCCAGGGGCUUCUCAAAGGCCAUUCGGACGGUCAGCCUCCACAGCUCCUAAUGGAUGUGAGACGAGUGUUUCCUGUCACAUUUCCCUACAUGCCUCCCCCUGUCCUCUGUGCAGAGCAGUUAGUCAUCCCAGACUCCCUCAAGAUCUCCUUUCUACGCAGAGUCUAAAAAAAGGUCUCUUCAGAGCAAAUAUACGACUUUAACUCCUUACCUGCUGAAUUUAGUCCUUUGAAAUUUAAAUAACUUCCAGGAGGUAUUUAACUCCUCUCUCAGAUUAUUACACUACUUAAUUUUUUGAUUUUUAAUCUGUUAAUUAUUAGUGGAUUGAGUUUAAAACGGUAUGAAUGCCAAUGGAGAGCAGGAAUAUAAAGUCUCUUCUAAAAAAAGGUAGGAAAGAUUUGGAUAAAGUUAAAAGUAGGUGUCAAAAGAUCUCAGUAUGACAAACAAGAAACGAGAUGAAGCUUCUUUUUUUUCAUAUUUUAUUGGAAGCAGAAACACAAUGAGACUGCAGUCCCAGUAACCUCGACCCCCAAUAAGAACAACCAGAAUAAAAAAAACCCAAAAAAUUAGAAACAUCUCGUGUAUAAAAAAAUUCUCAUGCGAGUACUUUGUACCACUACACAUCAUCAGUAAUACAUAUUUAUAUAUUCACAAACAUUUGAAAAAUAGAAAACAAUAAUGAAAAUAUCAAAAUAAAGGAGACAACAAUUGGCAUCGAACAUCAAAUAAUUAUGCGUGCUGGCACAAUACAUUUUUUUCUUUUUGUUUUAUUGUUCCUAUCAUGCACCAAUUUCUGGAAGUACCGGACCGGCGUCACUGUGUCAGGUGUCUGUCUGUGUGGCCUGGUCAUCUAGACAGAACAGAUCAUGCAUGUCUGUCUGUCUCUGUGUGCUUUUCAUUGUGCUUCUAACAUUUAUCCUUGCCCUUAACUUCUGUGUGCAUUCCUGUGCCACAUGCCAGUCCAAUACCCCAACACGCAAACUCUGAAAGAGGAGGAGGAGGAGAAGGAGGAAUCCUCUCGACUAAAGUAUCAUUGUCAACAGCAAUAAAUAAAGAUAUUUUUUCGUGGCAUUUCCAGCUAUGUGACAGUUAUUUAAAGUUAUUAAAAGACUGCAGAUGUCCCCUUGAAUGAAAGACUUUGUACACACCAGAGAGUGACACAACAUGUUUAGAUUUAGUUUACUUAGAUAGGUAGUUUUUCUUUGUAUAGUCUAUAUGAAGGCAUAUAAUGCCAGUAUAAAAAUCAGAAGCUAGCUGUGUAUUUAUUCGGCUCUUAAUCGAACCGAUUAAAUAAUCACAUUUGUGCAAAGUGCUUGUCAUUCAUCUCCAGUGUGGACACGGCCUUUCUGUAUCUUUCAGUAAUAGCUACAUAUCCAGAUUGGGCACCCACACACACACAUAUAUAUAUAUAAUAAUUCCCAACCGCCCAGUCACCCAGAGCAAAAUUCAAGUCUACAAAAGAGCAGCAAACUUCACUUCACAUAGUCUGACAUGUGUUUGUUACAUCCGAGCUAUUUACAGUGCCAAUCAACAACAAUUAAUCUCUCUGUUCCCGAUUAUUUUCCUCUGCGCUGAGAAGCUGCACAAACAAAAUUUCAGUCUCUAAUCAGCUCUACUACAGCUGUGAUAUUUGGCCCAUUACAAUAGAGACAGCAUUUACAACAUAUCAGUCAAACACUUGUGCUGAUAUAAUAAGAAUAAUAAUCCACAAUGUAAACAUUAUAUGACUGCUUCAAAAAAAAUGACUCAUCCACAUAGAUUUUUAUAGAUUAGAUGCAUAGAGUUCAGUUCUUACACCUUGUUCAAAAGAGGAGGGGGUCUAUUAAAGUAUUCAUUUAUGAUCAAGUGCUUUGGGGGUAGAGGAAAAAACACCCUGUCAUUAAUAAACUUGUUUUUUCGAGUCAUCAUUUCGUCGACUGGAUGCUUUUUUGCGCACAACAAACAUACCAUAUCCUUUAUAGAUGGAUAAACCGAUCGAUCAAUAAAAAAAGGCAUUCAUGAAUAUAGACGUUUAAUUAAGGGAAAGUUACUUUUGAUUAAGGAAAUAAUUUAACUGAAGUGUUGAUUCCUGCCAUUCCAUAAAGAGAAGAUCGGAGCAUAAACCUGUUAUCACAGGUGCACUGAAGACCUCUGUGCGUCUAAAACUUCACACUACAUCUCUACUAAACUGUAGUCCCUUGUUUAAAUGUCAGCGCUGGACCUGGUGAAGUCUGGAUCUGCAACCCUUUAACACCAGUCUCACUUAUCGAGUAUUAGUGAUCAGGGUUACAGUUUCUGCAGCUGCAUCAGUCGGGAUCAUCUUGUUCAUAAACCAAGGGAUUAUUGGCAGUACAUCAUUAGUGAUUUGUGCUCCCCUGGGGUGCACCCUGCUUGGUUUAUGUCAGAGGUUGUUGCUUUUGAAAAAUAGGAUCUCAGGGUUGUUGUUUAUCAUCUUCUUACAUGCAGGUUUUGAUUUGACGAGUU